AUGAAUGCUUUUGGCUUGAUACAAAUUGGCCUCCUCCUGUCAAGCACCACCAUCAUCUCCAGCCUUCAGUGCAACCACCUCCCUUUGCAGCAAAGGAAAGUGGUCGAGAACAGCCUGCGACUCUUGGAUAAAAUGGGAAAAAAGUUUCCCCAACAAUGUCUGAGAGAGAAAAUGUCCUUCAGAUUUCCUACACACAUUCUGCAGCCCAGGCAGAAAGAGACUGUUGGAGUUGCCAUUGAAGAGAUCUUCCGACAUAUCUUCCAUAUCUUCAGCAAAAAUCUGACACUUGCUGCUUGGGAUGGAACAGCUUUGGAUCAGUUCCAAAAUGGACUUUAUCUGCAAAUUAUGCAAUUGGAGGCAUGUGUAAUCAAAAAGCACAUCCAACACCGUUGGAGCAAAGAAGUCAGCAGGCUGAAAUUGAAAAAGUACUUCCAAAAAUUAGACUGUUUUCUUAAAGACAAACAACAUGACCUGUGCUCUUGGGAGAUCAGCCGUGCAGAAAUGAGGAGAUGUCUCCAACUGAUUGAUAAGAUGACAAGGAAGCUUAAAAACUGA